AUACAGGAAAGUUUAACCAAAACAGAGAGAUACAAGAAAGGGAUUUUGCUUUCAACUGACUCGCAAGCUUUGCAAAUUUACUUGAUCUCUCCGUACUGGUCGAUUGGUGAGGAAGAAAUAAUUACUGAUUUACUACGAGAUGUCUUCAGCUCAAGAUCCGUUUUAUAUUGUGAAAGAGGAGAUUCAAGAAUCCAUUGAUAAGUUGCUAUCUACCUUUCAUCAACGGGAACGGAGUUCUAUGAAUCCUGAAGAGAAACUGCUUUUUGCAAAGGAACUGCUUGGUGGCUGUGAGAGCAUUGAGUGGCAGGUGGAUGAACUAGACAAAGCGAUUAAUGUAGCGGCUAGAGAUCCGUCUUGGUAUGGCAUUGAUGAAGUUGAACUUGAAAAACGCAGGAGAUGGACUAGCACUGCUCGUGUUCAGGUUGGCAAUGUGAAGAAAGCAGUAAUAUCUGAAAAGGAGGUGAAUAGUAAUGGGACUACAAGUGUAAAUGGGAUGCGCAGAGAGUUACUGAGGCUGCAAAAUUCUCAUCAGGCAGAUAAAUCCAACCCUUAUUCUCAAGAUAAUGAUGAUUUUAUACACUCAGAAUCAGAUAGACAAAUGCUUCUUAUAAAGCAACAAGAUGAGGAAUUAGACGAGCUUAGUGCAAGUGUUGAACGAAUCGGAGGUGUGGGUCUUACUAUUCAUGAAGAACUCCUUGCACAGGAAAAGAUUAUAGAUGAUUUGGGUACAGAAAUGGACAGCACAUCAAAUCGUCUUGAUUUUGUUCAGAAAAAAGUGGCCAUGGUGAUGAAGAAAGCCAGUGCAAAGGGCCAGAUUAUGAUGAUACUAUUCUUACUAGCUUUAUUCAUAAUUUUAUUUGUUCUGGUCUUCCUUACAUAAUCUUUUUAAUUUAUUAAUUCAUACACGAUAAAGCAUACAUGCAAUGAAGAUUACAGAAGAAUGAUCAGCGUGGUCUGAUUACGUUGAGCGAAAGCCCGGGAACUAACAGAAAUUAAAAUAUGACAUGUUAGUGGCUUUGGAACUUGAUUAUCAGACUGUUUUCAGAAAUUUGAGCUAUAUAUAUGUUGUACUAUUGGUCCGCACUGUUAUUAUCUGCUGAUGCUGCUUUGCAUGUAUUUUUGUAAUUUUCUCUCUCUAGAUUAUGUUUAGUCUUCUAAUACUUUGUAAACAGUGGACAGACCUCCAAUUUAUUUCAGUUACUUUUUCCUACAAAAAUCUAAUUUUGUUUAUAUAGUAGAUUAUAUUGUCGAUUA